UAUUUUUUAUUACUAAUGUUCAUCUGUCUGUGCAGGUACACGGGUGCCCUGUUGGAGGAGGAGGCCCUGAAAAAAGCAGCAGAAAAUGGGUUGUCUUCACCAGAAUUUUUUGAGCUUUGCAUUUGGUUAGGUUCCCAGAUAAAAUCACUUUGUAAUAUGGAAGAAAGCAUCACUGCAACAGAUGGUGUGAAAGAUAUAGAGAGCUUCCAGCUUGAAAUUAGUGGCUUUCUGAGAGAAAUGUCUUGUCCAUAUUCGUCACUGGUGUCUGGAGACAUCAAAGACAGAUUAAAAGAGAAAGAAGAUUGUCUUAAACUCCUGUUAUUUCUAAGUACAGAACUUCAGGCUUUAAAGAUACUGCAGAGCAAGAAAAUUAAAGACUCUCGUUUGGAAAAGCACAGUGAUGUUAUUCAGGAAGUGCAAGCUAUUUGUGAUGCACUGGGUCUGCCAAACUCCUCAUCUUCUGGUAUUCCUCCCUUGUUAACCAGUGUGGAACAAAAGAUAAAGGACAUUCUCUCAAAAGUUAAAAAUAACCAUGUGGGGAAAUCACUGCUAACAAAACCUCUGAACUCUGACCAAGUGGAAAGAUUGGAAAAAAUCAAUGAUGCUCUUUGCAGUGAGUACGAGUGUCGACGGCGGAUGUUGAUGAAGAGGCUUGAUGUGACUGUGCAGUCUUUUGGCUGGUCUGAUAGAGCAAAGGUAAAAACAGAUGAAAUAGCACGGAUCUAUCAGCCCAAGCGCUAUGCGUUGUCUCCAAAGUCGACCAUUUCAUUAGCUCACCUUCUUGCUGCUCGUGAGGAUUUGUCCAAGAUCAUAAGAACAAGUAGUGGAUCAACACGGGAGAAGACUGCCUGUGCUAUCAACAAGGUUCUGAUGGGGAGAGUCCCUGACCGUGGAGGCAGACCAACAGAGAUUGAACCACCUCCUCCCGAAAUGCCUCCAUGGCAGAAAAGACAAGAAGGUGGAGGAAGAGGUGGCUGGGGGGGUGGUGGUGGUGGUGGAAGGGGUAACUGGGGGG